UUACGUUUGUUUGCAGCACGGUAUAUUAAACUAUCACCACCAUGAAGUUCGUUAUCGCCACCAUUCUGUUGGCAGCAACUGUGGCUGCAAUACCAACCCUUAAAGAGCGACUUGCAACCAUCGAGCAUCGCUAUAUUGUAGUUUUUGAGGACACUGUCGAUGUCGACACCCUCGUCUCCAACCUCGAAGUCGACGUCGCUUCGGUGGCCGGCGAGUUCGAAAUCACUCGUACAUUCUACACGGCGCUGAAAGGCAUUGCUGUCAAACUUGAUGAGAGAGCUCUGAAACUGCUGAGAGUCGCACGAGGUGUUAAAUACAUCGAGAGCGAUGCUAUCGCCCGGGUCGACGCCGCCCCCGAGUCAUGGGGUCUGGAUAGGGUCGAUCAGCGAGACCUGCCUCUAGAUCAAUCGUUCGAAAUGCAAGGGGACGGUACUGGCGUGACUGUCUAUGUCUUGGAUACCGGCAUCAGAGAGACGCAUGAAGACUUCGACGGAGGGAGGGCCAGGAGAGACCCAAUGGACUUUGUAGAUGACGGUUGGAAUGGAGCAGAUUGCCACGGCCACGGCACUCACUGUGCAGGAACGGCAGCGGGCGGUAUUCACGGUAUUGCUCGUGGAGCCAACAUUGUUUCUAUUCGGCUUUUCGACUGCGGCGGUUUCGGAUCAGCGUCGGAUAUUGUCUCAGCCAUCGAUUAUACAACUGCUACUGCUCAGCGUCCCGCUGUGAUGUCCAUGUCGUUCGGUGUAGUAAGACGAAACGCGAUCGACGAUGCGAUUGAAGCGGCCAGUAACAGCCAGAUCAUUCCCGUAGCCGCGGCGGGUAACAGCGACAAUGAUGCCUGCACCUUUUCGCCAGCGGGGUCUCCAAAAUCCUUCACCGUUGCAGCAUCGGACAUCAACGACAACCGGGCCUAUUUCUCCAGCUUCGGAAGCUGCGUCCAACUCUUUGCUCCUGGUGUCGACAUCACCAGUGCGUCUUCUGCUAGUGAUGUAGCCACAGCUACCUGGAGUGGAACCAGCAUGGCCUGUCCUCACGUCGCUGGUGUGGCCGCCGUCCAUCUUGGUAACGGGGUCGCGCCUGAAGACAUCCGAGACCGACUUGUGAACGACGCUUCCGUCAACAAGAUCUACGAUUCCGAAGACGGAACCCCAAACAAACUCCUUUACCUUGGUCCCUCAAACUGAUACUAAGAUGAUUGUUGAGCCUAGGAUAAUAUAUUGAAUUCAUGAAAUUGUUAUGAUGCAUCGAUAUUUUAAUCACGUGGAUCCAAUGUUUCCUAUGAAUUUGGAAUAAAUGUUUUUCCUACGUCUUUUAAUAAAAUGAUUAAUCAAUAACGUUUCCAGAAGAUAUACGUAUAACCAAUAACAAACCAUAUUGUAACAAUCAUUUCAUGAAAAUAGGUUUUAAAAAAAAAUUAUUAAAACUUUAUGGGCAACAGUGAAAUUCAUAAAAAUCAGCUCAUCCGAUUAUAAGACAUGCUGCACACGAAACGAAAUGUCAACUACGUCAUCACCUGCGCUAAUAAAAUAUGUGAGGGCAAUUGACCCAUUUACCAAUUACUAACGCAAUGUUUGCACUGUGUUCAUUUUCAAUAAUCUUUUCUUAUUGUAUGAUUUCAUCCUGUUCCAGCUCGUCCAAUAUAGCACCCGGCAUAGGCGCAGUCCUCCGUCAGGCAAUUGACGCAUGCCUCGUGUGCAACGGGCUCAAUACCCACACUUGGUCAAUUCAAUUUGAAUGAGAAAGAAUCUAAUAAUGCAUACACGUUGUAUUGUCAACAACAUCAGUUACACUUGUGUAUUAAAGUCAGUGUCGUGUCCUUUCAGGGUUUCAGUGGUGUAUCUAAAAGUUGAUAUAAAAUGGAGGGAAAAUCCUCCCCAUACGCGUUUUGUUUCGAGUCUACUCCGCAUGAUAUAGACCCAAAAGCGUCGGGGGUGGGGGGGGGGGGGAGAUUCACGUGCUAAAAACGACUAGUUAUGGUAUUCCAAACACAUAAAUAACAAUCAUUUAAUCAAAAGAAAAUCAAUUCAUUUCGCACUAUCAAUUUAGUCAUGUUUCGUCAUAUCUCAUUAUCAAAACAUUUAUUUUGAUCUACAUGUAAUUUUCCAAUUCAUGCAAUUCUCGUAAAGAUAUUUGUCUUCGUAUCAAUAUUUACUUAAUAUGGUGAUUAUCCCUGUUUCACUUAUCUAUGGGUACGCCACUGGAUUUGUGAAAGAUAAUGAUCAGGGAAUUAAAGAGAUGAUUGGUACUGCAAAGUCCAGAGCAUA